AUGUUUGUACCUCCUCCUAUGGUGCAUACGACUCCUUAUAAUGAAGAAAACAUUUAUUAUGCUACUCCAAGAGAUGUUAUGGGAGUAAAUGAAAGGUUACAGGGAUUUCAAGAUCAGUUCUUAGAAAUGCAAAGGGAAAUUAAUGCUAUUCGAGGUAAGAAUCUUUUUGGAAAGACCACUUCCGAACUCUGCUUAGUUCAUAAUGUUCAAAUUCUACCCAAAUUCAAAGUACCAGACUUCGAGAAAUACAAAGUAAAUUCAUGUCCUCAAAUUCAUUUGGUGAUGUAUGCUAGGAAGAUAUCCACUCAGACUGAUAACCAUCAGCUUUUGAUCCACUACUUUCAAGACAGUUUAACUGGUGCCGCUCUUAAGUGGUGGCGUGAAAUUGCUGCACAGAUUUGCCCUCCACUUGAAGAGAAAGAGAUGACUAAAAUGUUUUUGAAAACUCGGAGUUCAUUCUACCAUGACAUCAUGAUUGCCAGCGUACCCAGUGAUUUCACCGAGAUGGUAAACAUGGGCAUGCGACUUGAGGAAGCAGUCCGAGAGGGACGUUUGACUAAGGAAGCUGGCGCUUCUAGUCAUGUUAAGAAAUUCACCAAUAAUUUCUCCAAGAAGAAAGAAUCGGAUGUUAAUUUCGUUUCAUACGACAAACAAAGAAGAAAGUAUCAACAUGUUGCAGUCGUUUCACCAAUCAUUAGUCCACCAAUGAUAGCGCCAAUUUAUCAGCCACAGUUCUUGCAUCAACAUCAACAAUAG